AUGAACCCGGGGCCCGCCCCGCGGCCCCCUACUGACCGACCUCGCCUCGCUCUGACCCCAAAUACUAGCAACACGCUCCCCGGAAACAUGGCCGGCAUGAGCUUACAAUCCCCCGCCUACAGCACCAGCGGAGGAUACGGCAAUGGCUCGACUACGUCCCUGAUGCGCACGCAGUCCGAAAAGAGCAUGUCGUCAAAUGCAACGGUCAAGGAGGGCAACGUCAAGGUCAAAGAUGAGGGUCUUUUUAAGUCUUUCGUCUGGGCCGAUCGGUGGCUUGUCCUUCGUGAGUUUGAGCUCACCUUCUUCAAAAGCCCGAACUCUUCCAAGGUGGCGAAUACGAUCCAGCUUCGCGACGUGCUUGGCGUGGAGCGUUCAGAUACCCAGCCUCUUUCAUUUGAAAUUACCAGGUCACUGAACCCCAACAAGGGUUCUUCUCCGCCCCGCGACGGUCCUACUAAGAUCAUCACUUGCAAAGUAGAGACCGAUGACGAGGUCUAUUCAUGGAUAGACAGCAUUUACCAACGCUGCCCUAGCAUGGGUGGGGUCAGCAACCCCACCAACUUUACUCACAGAGUACACGUAGGCUUUGACCCAACGAGCGGUGCCUUCGUCGGUUUGCCGGUAGAAUGGGAAAAGCUGCUCACUGCUUCGGCACUUACCAAGGAUGACUACGCGAAGAACCCAAAGGCUGUUCUGGAGGUAUUGGAGUUCUACACAGAGAAGCUAGUCAAGCGCGCAGAUGACCCAGCACAAUAUCCUAGCCUGACACCCACACCGCCCGUCAACGCUGGCAUGGAGAAACAACUUGGAUACGCUGCCGGUGGCAGUUCCAUUGCACCACCUCGUCCUGCCCCACCAAACGGCUACGCUCGCAAGGACAGCUACAGCUUGGCUCGACAGGACACCCCACCUACCUCUGGCUACGCAACGUCACAAGGUCAAGACCCUCGUUAUGAGCAACAGCGACGUAUGGAACAAGAACGAGCACGCGAGCAGCAGAGGGCGCGUGAGAGGGAAGAGUACGACCGACGGGAACGAGAAGAGUUGGCUGCCUACAAUGCAUCCUUACCGCAGAAAAAGUUACCGAUGGCACAACAAGAGUUCGGAGGUGGCUAUGAUUCGCGAGAACAAAGUCCAUCGGGAACAUCGCGUUACAAUCCUAGCCGUCCAGCUCCAUCAACUCCGGGUGGUUCAAGAGGCCCGCAGCAGCAACAGCAGCAGCAGCAACAACAACAACAACAGCAACAACAACAACCUGCGGCUCUGCGCCAGAUGCAAGCUCAACGUCCCGCUCCCUCUGCCCCCCGGCAACAGAACGGCAAUGGUUAUGGUGCGCCAGCCACUCAGGCACAACGCCCUCCCGUUCAGCCGAACUCGAAGUACCAGAACUCGGCCAACCAGGUACCUCAGGCACGCCCGCCGCAAACCCAACCGCAACAGAAACAAUAUCAGAGCUCUGCUGCGCCCAAGCCUUUGAACGUAGUGGCCAAACAGCCUGCUGCAGCUCCUGCUAGUGAUGCCGUAAAGAAAGCAGAGCAAGCACUCACCGCCAAGAAGGAAGAGACGCCUCGCAAAGAUGUGCGCAUGUCCAGCAUGUCAGAAAGUGAGGUCAUGGCCAAGCUCCGCGAAGUCGUAUCGAAAGACAAGCCUUUGGAUUCGUACAACAAGCAGAAGAAAAUCGGACAGGGUGCCUCAGGUUCGGUGUACGUUGCCCGGAUCCGUGAGGGCGCCACAUCUCCAAUGGCACAGAAACUGCUACGGGAGAACGGUCCUCGGGCUCAAGUCGCUAUCAAGCAGAUGGACCUGCGCAAUCAGCCACGUAAGGAGUUGAUCGUUAACGAGAUCAUCGUCAUGAAAGACAGCCAUCACCCCAACAUUGUCGACUUCUUGGAUGCAUUCUUGCAGGAAGAACAAUCGGAAUUGUGGGUGGUCAUGGAGUUCAUGGAAGGAGGUGCCUUGACAGAUGUCAUCGAUAAUAACCCUUCCAUUAGUGAAGAUCAGAUCGCCACUAUUUGCUUAGAGACAUGCAAGGGUUUGGAAGAUCUGCACACCAAGAACAUCAUUCACCGUGAUAUCAAAAGUGAUAACGUGCUACUGGACGGGCGCGGCCGCGUCAAAAUCACCGAUUUUGGUUUUUGCGCAAAGCUUACCGAACAACGCAGCAAGCGUGCGACCAUGGUCGGAACACCCUACUGGAUGGCCCCGGAAGUCGUCAAGCAGAAAGAGUACGGCAACAAGGUGGACAUCUGGUCGCUGGGUAUCAUGGCCAUUGAGAUGAUCGAGUCUGAACCACCAUAUCUGAACGAGGAGCCACUGAAGGCACUUUACCUCAUCGCGACCAACGGUACCCCCAGGCUCAAGAAGCCCGACAAGCUUUCCAAAGAGCUGAAGGCCUUCUUGUCCGUGUGUCUUUGCGUGGACGUCAAGUCCAGAGCCAGUGCUUCGGAGCUGAUCAGCCAUGACUUCCUCAAGACCGGAUGCGGCCUCGCUGGUCUAUCCCAGCUUCUUACCUUCCGAAAGAACGGCAGCCACUAG